CAUCAGGGAGAGAUAAAGUUCCCGGUGGACUUUUGUGUCACACAGAGCACAGCUCGGACACUUUUGGAAGAUAGCGGACUCGCUCCACGCACAGACAUGAGGCUUUGGGUCCGGACCGCAGGCGGAGGUCUCUUUGCCGUUCUCCUGCUGGCUCUUCUGGCCUCCUCCGCCGUCCACGUUGGAGCCAACCAGCAGGACCAAGCCAGGAAAAGACAAUACUACAUAGCUGCCGUGGAGAUCGACUGGAACUACAAUGGCAACGACACGCGCAGGUUCGGUCGCACUUACAAGAAAGUGGUUUUCCGGGAGUACGAGAAAGACUUCACACGGGCAAAGGCUCAUGACCCCUCGUUAGGUUUGCUCGGACCCACGCUGAGGGCCGAGCGGGGCGAGAUCCUGGUGGUCACGUUCCGAAACAUGGCGUCAGAACCGCACAACCUCCACCCACAUGGAAUUGCUUACGGGAAACAGUCCGAGGGAGCGCACUACUUUGACAACACGUCACAAAAAGAGAAGGAGGACGACGUGGUAAAAACGGGUGGCGAGCAUGUGUACUCCUGGGAGGUGACGGCCGACGUUUCGCCCGAACCCGACGACCCUGCCUGCCUGGUCUACUCGUACGUGUCCCACCUGAACCCAGUAGAGGACUUCAAUUCGGGCCUCGUGGGCGCUUUGCUCAUCUGCAAGAACGGCAGCUCGGACGAGUCGGGGGCACGGGCCGGCGUCAAACGGGAGCUGGUCCUGCUCUUUGGGGUCUUUGACGAGCGAGAAGGCAUCUACAAGCCCAAGGACCGAUCCUUAGACCACGUCCACUACACCAUUAACGGCUACACCGAGGGAGCGCUACCCGGUUUGAGCGUGUGCGCCUAUUCCUCGGUCAGCCUUUACCUGCUGGGCAUGAGCUCCGAGCCCGAGCUGUUCUCGGCGCACAUCGCCGGGCAGGUGCUGCGGCACAUGGGUCACAGGGUUUCGUCCGUGGGCCUCAUCAGCGGCUCCUCUGCCACCGCCAGCCUGGUGCCGGCGCACUUGGGCCGCUGGAUGCUGUCCUCGCACGUGCUCAAGCACAUUGAAGCGGGCAUGCACGCCUUCUUGGAUGUGAACCAGUGUGAGGGCAUCAAAGCACCACGCCAGACGGUGACCUUCGAGCAAAUACGCGAAAGGAGGGAGUGGAAAUACUACAUCGCUGCUGAGGAGGUCGUGUGGGACUACGCACCUAAUAUGCCCGAACACAUUGACGAGAGCUACAAGUUCCAGUACCUGCAACAGUCCUCAACUCGCAUCGGCAGGAAGUACAAGAAAGCCGUGUACACACUGUACAACGAGUCCUUCACAGAACGAAUCGAGAACAAGCAGAGGAAAAGCGAGCUCGGCAUCUUGGGUCCAGUAAUAAGAGCGCAAGUCAGAGACGUCAUCAAGAUUGUAUUCAAGAACAUGGCCUCCAGGCCGUACAGCAUCUAUCCACACGGACUGACAAUCGAAAAGUCAGAAGAGGGCGUGAACUACCCAGAAGGAGGCAACAAGACGCAUGCCGUCCGGCCGGGCGAGACGUACACGUACGUUUGGCGAGUGGCUGAGGAGGACGGGCCUCUGAAAGGAGACUCCAGGUGUCUGACGCGGAUGUACCACAGUGCCGUAGAUACGCCACGCGACAUAGCCUCGGGUCUGAUCGGACCCCUUCUCAUCUGCAAGAGUCAGUCGCUCAAUGUCAGGAAUGUACAGGUCAAAUCAGACAAGGAGCAACAGGCCAUGCUUGCUGUCUUCGAUGAAAACAAGAGCUGGUACCUGGACUACAACAUUAGGCACUUCUGCGAUCGAUCCCGAGUUAACAAGGCGGACCCCAACUUUUACAAGUCCAAUGUCAUGCACACUAUCAAUGGCUAUGUGUAUGAGAGCGGACCACUCUUGGGCUUCUGCAACGGUGAAGUGGCAACAUGGCAUGUGUCCAGCGUGGGCGCACAGGACUACAUUCAGACGGCGACAGUCUACGGCCACACAUUUGAACUGAAUAACCGCAUGGAAGAUAUCCUCAGCCUCUACCCCAUGACUGGAGAGACCAUUACGAUGCGCAUGGAAAACAUAGGUGUUUGGCUUCUGGCGUCGCUGAAUUCCCACGAGACAACUAAAGGAAUGCACCUAAAGUUCCAGGAUGUCGAGUGCUUCCGUGACCACCACUAUGAGUACAGUGACUAUGAGGAGCCAGGAAAAAUGGAGUUUGAUUUGUGGAAGCCCCCAAGUAGGAACGAACUCUUGAAUAGGAAGGAGGAGGAAAUGAAGAAGCCAAAAGAGCCUACCACUAGCACAACGGUGACUGAUGACUACACAGAGAUGUUUGCCACUGAAUUGGGCCUCAGGUCACUGAAGAAUCAAGCUUCAGUGGAGAGUGUGGAGAAGCUGGACUUGUCUUUCCUCGACUAUGACGCUGUUGAUGUGCAAGAUGGAAAAGCCACAAUAAGGACAAAAAACCCGAUAUGCGGUAGUCUAAGCGUGUCACGAGAUGAAGGCCCAAAAAGCAGUGCUUCCGGGUUGGCUUCGAGUCUCGAUAAUGACGCCGCGUCCAAGAUGGAAACAACAACACUUUAUAACAGAACACUUUCAUCAAAGUUUGGGAACAUAUCAACCGAGGCUACCAAUCAGACUGAAACAACAGCUGUAAGGUCCACGUUAGAUGCUGGAAAAUGUAAUAGAACCUUGACAAGUAACAAUCUGACCUCUAUGGGCUCGGAGGGGAAAUCCGAAGAAAGACUGACACGAGGGGAUGCGUUUCCCUAUUUCGACACGAGCAACAUUAGCAGCCUGGACAACCACAACGGGACUGUAGUUGAUACUGUCCAAAGAGAUAACGCAAGCAGUGCCCAUGAGUGUGGCCCCCAGAGGGAUUCAACCAAAUCCAAGUCAGCACAGAGUGCCAAAUCUGUUCUUGAGCAGUCAAAUGGUACAACCCCCUUGAACAAGACUCAGAUCACGGGUAUCUUGCAGCCCACCGCCGAUCUCAGCUCAGAAGACUUCAAUGAUUCAGAAAGCAGUGAGAAAGUGUUUAUAUACCUCAAACAAAACCACACAGAGGUGAUUAAAUCCACUGCUGUGAGGACAGAGAGUCACAACUGGACUUACGACGGAACUGAACGGAAUGAAAAAGUACCAAUGGAGAUUCCAGACUAUAUGGUGAAAUACAUGAAGAAGGAAACCCCGACACCCAAAAAGAUCCCCAAGAUCAAGAGGGUGAACCUUCGACAGAAGCCUCAGAAAGGCCAGGGCAUGAAAACGAGAAAGAGAAAGGUAUACAAGCCGGAGGUCACAAGAGGUCUACCCUUCUCUCCUCGUGGAUUCAACCCUAACAUAACCCCAAGGGGGUCACGCCCCGCUUCACCGAAAGCCAUCUCAGAUGAGGAGGAGCUCAUUAACAUGCCUGUGGUCAUCGGUGUGCCCCGGCCCGAUUUCAGUGACUAUGAGUUUUACGUUCCGGGAGAUGAGCCUGACCAUUUAUUGUUAGACAGGCAGGAUUUGAAGGCAGACGAAUACGAGUAUGUGAACUACAAAGACCCCUACAGCAGUCAUCAAGACAUCAAGAACUUCAACAUAGAGGAGACCAAUAAAUACUACUUAAAGCACUCAGGGCCGAAUGUCAAGAUGUACUUCAUUGCUGCAGAGGAGGUCGAGUGGGACUACGCUGGCAAUGGACAGAGAAGGCAGAUAAGGCUACAGCAAAGCACUCGCAACACUAAGUUCAAGAAGGUGGUAUUCCGCGGUUACACGGAUGGGCUUUUCAGAACUCCUGAAAUCCGAGGCGAGAAGGAACAGCAUCUUGGCAUCCUCGGGCCUGUCAUCAAGGCGGAGUACGGACAAAGCAUCAUGGUGGUGUUCAGAAACAAAGCCAAACGUGCGCUUUCCUUACACCCGAAUGGGGUUACCUAUAACAAGUGGACAGAAGGUCUGUCCUAUGAGGAUAGCUCCAAGCCCUGGUACAGAGAUGAUAAUGAGGUUCCACCCAAUGGCAACUUCACAUAUGUCUGGAAGGUCCCCCGAAAGCCUGCACACAGGCCAGAUGAGCCUUACUGUCAGACUUGGACCUACUAUUCUGGUGUUAAUCCUGAAAAGGACAUCCAUUCCGGCUUGAUCGGACCUUUGCUGGUGUGUCCAGAGGGCACGAUUAAGAAUGUGACGAACACAAGAGAGUUCACGUUGCUCUUCAUGACCUUUGAUGAGUCGCAGAGCUGGUACUAUGAGGAGAAUCGCGAGAACAUGCAGCAGAAAAGACAAAGAGGAAUUCUGGAGCCUAUCCUCAAAGAAAACCUCCUGUUCCAUUCCAUCAAUGGUAUCACAUAUAACCUUAAGGGCCUGAGGAUGUAUACCAACCAGCUGGUCCGCUGGCACCUGAUCAACAUGGGCUCCCCCAAAGACUUCCAGAGCAUCCACUUCCACGGACAGACGUUCCUCCACACGACGACCACCAGAAACAGACACGCAGUCUACCCGCUGCUUCCUGGAGGUUUCGCAACCCUGGAGAUGUAUCCUUCCAAGCCUGGCCUGUGGCAGCUGGAGACAGAAGUUGGCUGCAACCAGCAGCGAGGGAUGCAGACACUCUUCUUAGUCCUCGAUAGCGACUGCUACCAUCCCUUGGGCUUGCAAUCGGGCAGUGUGAAAGACGAGCAGAUCACAGCCAACAACACUCGAGGAUACUGGGAGCCACAUCUUGCCCGGUUGAACAAUAAAGGCAAAUACAACGCAUGGAGCACAGACCAGAGCAACAGUUUUAUUCAGUUGGACUUUCUGCGUCCCGUGGUGAUCAGCCAGGUGGCCACACAAGGAGCCAAACAGCUCUUCCAAUACCAGUUUGUCACAAAUUACUCCAUUUCCUACAGCAACGACCGCAGGAGAUGGGUCCUCUACAAGGGUGACAGCAUUUACCCAAUAAAGGUGUUUCCUGGGAACCGGGAAGCUUACGUGACAAAAACAAACACCUUUUCCCCACCGGUGAUCGCACGCUUCAUUCGGCUCCACCCUGUGCACUGGUACAACAUGGCCACAGUGCGCAUGGAGUAUUACGGCUGUGAGCUCGACGGCUGCUCAGUGCCUCUCGGGAUGGAGAACGGACUGAUCGAGGACCGUCGCGUCACGGCGAGCUCUGUGAACUCCAACUGGUACUUCGGACCCUGGAGUCCCUCCUUUGCUCGCCUCAACAAACAAGGAGCCGUCAAUGCCUGGCAAGCUAGGCAGUAUAGAGACAUGAAGCAGUGGCUUCAGGUGGAGCUGGCGGACGUCAUGAAGAUCACGGGGAUUAUCACGCAAGGAGCCAAGUCUCUGGGGAAAGAGAUGUACGUCACAUCGUACACUCUCAAGUACAGCGACAAUGGAAUCCACUGGCACGACUACACGGAGGACGACGACCGACCGGCUAAGAUCUUCUUUGGGAACACCGACAACAACGAACAUGUCAAGAAUUUUAUCUACCCGCCCAUUUUUUCCCGUUUCGUCCGAAUCGUCCCCCGAACCUGGACGGCCUCCAUCACGCUGCGGGUCGAGCUGUUGGGCUGCAACUUCGAGUGACGCCGAGCGACCUUCGAGCGACCUUCACGCCGCUGCCUUAGCCAUCCAAAGAUUCUGCAUUUCCAAACAUGACCAUUCUCACUCGCUCCGACUAUUUCCCCCCUAUCCAUAUCGCUUAAUAAAAUCACCCAAAUAUUA